AUGGAUCAUACAUCGGCUGGUCCGGAUUCACGGGUGUUGGCUACCCCAAUGCCUACUGCUCUCGCUGAUCACGUCGAGAAGAACAACCUGCAGGGAAAGCUACAGUACACCUUGUUCGUUGGUGCCUCCUCCGGUGCCGAGACAGAGAACCGGUGGGCGCGACUGAACAUGAUUGAGCGGCGGAGUCCUCAUCAGGUUGGCAAGGAGAUUGCCAAGGGUAUCAAUAAUGGCGAGAUCAAGUUCUUUGAUAAGCAUCUGAGCAUGUUUCCUUCGGACCUUGUCUAUGUGAGAAGCCCCAAGACGGGCUGGUACACGCUGAACAAGCCCAAGAACAGGCUCGACGUUGCUGUGAUUGAGGCGUCGGCCAUCACUGAGGAUGGAGGCAUCAUUCCCGGUGCUUCCGUCGGUGCGUCCCCGGAACUGAUCCAGAUGGCCGACAAAAUCGUCAUUGAGCACGAUAUCACCAUGUCGGACGUUCCUCCUCGCCGGACCCGAGGACCGCAUUGGAACCCCCACAUCCCCGUCGACCCGGAGAAGGUCGUCGCCAUUGUCGAGUCAGACUACCCGGAUCAGACGCUGCCCAACGCUCCCGAGGACGCAACCUCACAGGCCAUUGCCGGUAACCUGAUCGAGUUCCUGAAGCACGAGGUCAAGCAUGGCCGUCUGCCCCAGAACCUGCUCCCCAUCCAGUCCGGUAUUGGAAACAUCGCCAAUGCGGUCAUUGGUGGCCUGAGCAAGGGCGGUGCCGACUUCACCAACCUGAAGGUUUGGACUGAGGUGCUGCAGGAUUCCUUCCUGGAUCUGUUUGACUCUGGAAACUUGGACUUUGCCACUGCCACCUCCAUUCGGUUCUCCCCCGAUGGAUUCAAGCGGUUCUACGAUAACUGGGAGCGCUAUGCCGGCAAGCUGUUGCUGCGUUCUCAGCAGGUGUCCAACUCGCCCGAGAUCAUCCGCCGUAUCGGAUGCAUCGGCAUGAACACUCCCGUCGAGGUAGAUAUCUAUGCCCAUGCCAACAGCACCUGUGUCAUGGGCUCUCGGAUGCUGAAUGGUCUGGGAGGAUCUGCCGACUUCCUCCGCAACUCCAAGUACAGUAUCAUGCACACCCCCAGUACCCGUCCCAGCAAGAUCGAUCCUACCGGUGUCAGCUGCAUUGUGCCUUUCUGCACUCACAUUGAUCAGACCGAGCACGAUCUGGAUGUUGUUGUGACUGAACAGGGUCUCGCCGACGUGCGUGGUCUGUCUCCUCGCGAACGUGCUCGUGUCAUCAUUAAGCAGUGCGCCCACCCCGACUACCAGCCCAUUCUUACGGACUACAUGGACCGGGCUGAAUACGAGUGCCUGAAGAAGGGCAUGGGUCACGAGCCCCAUCUGCUCUUCCAGGCCUUCAAGAUGCACCAGAAUUUGCAGGAGAAGGGAACCAUGAAGAUCAGUGGCUGGGACUGAUGCAUUUGCCGACAGAACUAAUUUACCAUAAAAUAUAUACACCAUUAUCAUUAGAUAUGGCGUCACUGAUGUCAUUGAGGGAACUGGGUCAUCUUGGGUUACG